CGCUGUUGUUUCUUUUUUUUUACUUUCAGAACUUUGAUUUUAUAGUUUGCUUGUCCAGCUGUUUCCACCACUAUAUUUUUCUUUGCUUGAAAGCUCACAAGCCCAAAGUGUUUAUGUAUUUUUCCACCGCAAACGAUCGUAUACACAUCAACACUACCACGAUUCCUAGAAGACUGGAGGGUUCAAUUUAUCGUCCCUGCUUCUCCUCUACAUGUCAUUCUUGCACGACAAGAUUAGGUCCAGGUCUGAAUGGGAGCAUAGUGAAAAGGCCAGUUGAUUCUAAUGAACCCGACUCCGAAGGAACAAAACACGCAAUAAAGCGAAUAGCUUGUAUCAGAACUGUAAGAAAACAAAAAGCAAAAAAAUCGACGAAACAACGACAACGUAACCUCCUUCUCGCGCAAAAGAAGUCAAAUCUUCAACAUAAAUCAUGGCUAUGCUUAACGUCAACCGAGACGUCCAAGAUGUUUUCUACCGUUACAAAAUGCCAUGUAUUAUAGCCAAGGUUGAAGGGAAAGGGAAUGGUGUAAAAACUGUCAUUGUAAACAUGUCCGAUGUCGCCAAAGCUAUUGGCAGACCUGCCACUUACGCCUGCAAAUUUUUUGGCUGCGAACUCGGCGCCCAGACUCAAUUUGAUUUGAAGAAUGACAGAUACAUUGUUAAUGGCUCACAUGAGAACACAAGGCUUCAGGAUAUGCUGGACAUCUUCAUUAAAAAGUUCGUGCUAUGUAACGAGUGCGAAAACCCAGAAACCACAAUGAUUGUAAAACGUGGUACAAUUGGAUUAGUCUGUAAGGCUUGCGGCAACCAGAGCUUGGUAGAUCUGCGUCACAAGCUGUGCACGUACAUCAUUAAGAAUCCGCCCCAAAAGGACAAGAAGGAAAAGUCAAAGCCCACCAAGGGACGCGAGCGUGGCCACUCCAGUGAAGAAGAAAACUCAGCAAAUGCCGCAAAGAAAAAUGGCAACAAAGAAAACAACAAUGGUGUCGCCAACGGAGCCAGCGACAGUUUUGGAGACGAUGAUUGGUCCGUGGAUGUCUCGGAGGCUGCAGUUGCUGCCCGGAUGAACGAGAUUACAUCCGGAGCAGCGACACUAGCUCUUACUGAUGACUUGGAACGCACGCCAAGUGAACGAGCAGACAUGUUAUAUGGAUUCAUUAAGAAACGCAUUAAUGCUAAUACUAUUAUGACUGCAUCCAAGGACAUUGCUAUAGAAGCAGAGAGGUUGGACAUGAAGAGCAAAGCUCCUCUUAUCUUGGUUGAACUUCUUUGCAAUGAGAACAUGAGAGAACAAAUUAAAACUUACAGGAACCAUUUUAUCAGGUUAUGCCAUGGAAACAAGAAAGCACAGAAAGCGUUGCUUGGUGCAUUUGAGAAGACAGUGGAACUUCAUAAAGAUGCUUUGCUGCCCAAAGUUGCUCAUAUCGUUAAGGAUCUGUACGAUCAGGACAUCGUUGAUGAAGAAGUCAUCAUUGAGUGGGGGGAGCAUCCCAGCAAGAAGUACGUCAGCAAGGAGCUGAGCAAGAUGAUUCACAGCAGAGCUGCUCCUGUGGUCAACUGGCUUAAGGAGGCAGAGGAAGAGAGUAGUGAGGAAGAAGAAGAAGAGAUAGAGAUUGAGUACACAACUCGUGCCGGUACUGGCCUUCAAGUUGAGGACAUACCCACUGCAAAUGGCAACCAUGCUAACGGUGAUGCUCCACCUGCCGAAGAAGAAGAAAAUGGCGGUGACGAUUUCGAUAUUGAUGACAUUUAAAAACAGAACAGUAUAACGUAACCAAUAUAUAAGGGCGGGGAAGAUGGGACACCUUUUUGUACUAUUAUCUCGUCACAUUUAGUAGUAAACAAAGAACAUUAGAAGAAUUAUAAAACCACAUCCUCACAACACCCAUAGGCCGUUUUUAAUUGUUUAAAAAAUGAUUAGGAUAUUUGGAUAAUAUGUACUGUUGGUGUACCAUCUUUCCCCACCCUACUAUAUAUAAACAUACCUAUGUAACUCAGAAUAACCACGUCUGCAUGCUUCACCCAUUUCCUACAAAACUCAUAAUCGUUUCACCUUUUUGUAGGACCAUUUUUUCGUAGCUCCCGUUUGAAAGGAAAGCCUAGUUUAGUUUUGAGUUUUCACCUAUGGCGGUUUUGUGUGCAUAGAGUAACUUGCUUGAUAUAGAUUAAUAUAUGCUUGUAUUUAUAAAAUACUUUUGGAAAACGGAUGUAAAAUUCUAGUUUUAAAGAAGAUUUGACUUUGUGUGUAUUUCAUAUGAGCAAUACCAAUUGUUAUGUACAUUCAUUUAAUUAUUCGAGUAAUUCAAUGUAACCUUUAUCCAUUCAUUUAAAUUUAAGAUAUAGUUUGCCUUGUAAAAGAGGCGGAAACCAGUAAUUCAGUUGAAAAGUCUGGUGUUCUUAAUUUUGCUUGCGCCUUUUAACUGUAUUCGGUUUGAAGUUAAAACAAAACGCCUUGUACAUAAUGAGCUUACAUUCAUACUGCACGAUGAAGCGUGCCUAUCAGAACAUACGGAAGAAUGUAUAAGGGGUUCAGAUCAAAGGGUUUAUCUCCUAUUCCAGCCAAUAGUUUUGGCGAUUACUUUCUGCGUCAUUCCCUCUUCCCUUCUUGUACAGCCACAUGUGUAUUUUGUUGCUUUGGGUGUUCAAUAAAGUAACUGCAUUGAGAA